CACAUCUUGAUCUCUCUUUAUAUCUUGUUCUAGCAUGAGAGAGAGAGAGAGAGAGAGAGAGAGAGAGAGAGAGUGUUUGGACAAAAAAUCCUUAAAAAUAUUACAUAGCUUUAUAGAAAGAAAGUUGAAUGGAGCACCAAGAAAUGCAAGAAACUGCUACAUUCUUGCCUGUUAUCCUGAGAUUAGAUCGUCUCGAUCGCCUGCUGCAACUUUUAGAAGAGAGGCACAGCUCAUCAAGAAGAGAACUUUCUUCUACUGCUAUUGUGGAAAAAGAUGAGUGCAAAGAUCUAUCUUCGGCUCUAGAGGAAGUUCACCAAAAAGGCACACUUAUGGAACGGCUGUCUGUGCUUGAAAAUCGAGUAUUACAGCUGAGCCUGGAAAUGGAUGAAGGGAACACAUCGAAGUCGAGCUCUUCAACAGUUCAAGUUUCACAAGGGAUUAGGAAUUUAGAUUCUGAAUUGUGCAAUGAAACAAGGCAAGAUGAGAACGUAAUAAUCACAACCCAAGAAAUUGAAGGCCCUCCUGCAGUUCAAACCGCCCAACAGAACAGUGGACGACGCAGGAAAAAAGCGCAUAAAAAGUGGCUCGGGUUAUUCCGAUUUCCAUUGACAUGUUAAUUUUGCCAUGUUUCUCAAUCCAGCUAUGGAAAUAAAGAGUGAAAAAUGAGAAAAUAAGCACUUAUAAGUUGCUUAUAUGUAAAAAUAUUGGAAAAUUGGGUAUGGGGAAAAGUUGGUUACGAUGAGAACCGCCUUACA